AGCUUACGUUUGACAAUUUUUUUCUCCUUCAAUCCACUCUGCUUUACCCCCGCAUCGGAUAUUUUGAGCCGUCACUAAUAAAAGUGUUCUGGCUGAAUUAGCUGUUUCGGAUAUAAUGCUACCAACAGAAAAGUCUUAAGAAAAAUCGUGGAAUCACGUUACACAGUGGGUGAUAUUUUCUCCAUUUUUGUGUUACGCACUGAGAUAUAAGAUGGCAUGUCAAAUCUGUAUCACACUGGAUCGACAUCUUUUAAAUCGAGCUCCAAAUUUACUUUUGUUGUGAAAUACAUACUAAGAAACACGUAAUUCCAAAGUGGCGGAGGAACUGGAUCCUGCUGCGGAACCGGAUCGGUAUAGCCAAUAUGCUACCCCUGAAAUGACCAGAUUGGAAAAGACGGAGAACAGAACAGAUGCUGGACCUCCAAUGGCUCUAGUUGGUUCAUCUGGACCUCAGUCCCAAGCUGCUCCUCCUCCUCCACCUUUCCCUUACGGACCAAUGAUUCAAGGCACUAUUCCACAACCUGGCAGCAUGCCUCAGCAAGCUCUGAGACGCAGCCAGUCGAGGUCCACAUCUUCGCUGCCACCCGAACCCUUCAUGAUUAUGAAGAGUCGAGCCCUCAACAAGAGGGUUACUAUAAAUGUGGGAGGAGUAAAACAUGAAGUUCUGUGGCGCACACUGGAUAGCUUACCUCACACAAGACUAGGACGGCUGAAAGACUGUAACACUCAUGAAGCCAUCAUGGAGUUAUGUGAUGAUUAUAGUUUGGUUGAUAAUGAAUACUUCUUUGAUCGGCACCCAAGAUCUUUCAGCGCUGUCCUCAAUUUUUACCGUACCGGCAAACUCCAUCUUGUUGAAGAAAUGUGUGUCCUGGCUUUCAGCGAUGAUCUAGAAUACUGGGGUAUCGAUGAACUGUACCUUGAAUCUUGUUGCCAGCACAAGUACCACCAAAAGAAGGAACAUGUGCAUGAAGAAAUGCGGAAAGAGGCGGAAUCCCUAAAACAGAGGGAAGAAGACGAUUUUGGACAUCGAAGGUGUUCACAAUACCAAAGAUUCCUAUGGGAUUUGCUAGAAAAGCCGAAUUCUUCACUAGCUGCUCGGGUCGUAGGUGUGAUCUCAGUCUUAUUCAUUGUACUGUCAACAGUAGCUUUAACAUUAAACACGUUACCGACUCUACAAGGUGUCGACGAAAAUGGUCAUCCAACAGACAACCGCGAACUGAGCAUCGUCGAAGCGGUCUGCAUCACAUGGUUCACGCUUGAGUACCUUCUCAGAUUCCUGUCUUCUCCCAAUAAAUGGAAAUUUUUCAAGGGAGCAUUGAACGUGAUUGACUUAUUAGCCAUACUACCCUAUUUCAUAUCGUUGUUUCUUAUUGAGACCAAAAACAGCACAGAAUCCUUCCAGGAUGUUAGAAGAGUAGUUCAGAUUUUUCGAAUAAUGCGGAUUCUGAGAAUCUUGAAGCUGGCCCGUCACUCUACGGGUCUUCAGAGCUUAGGUUUCACUUUACGCAACAGCUACAAAGAACUGGGACUUCUAAUGCUGUUCUUAGCCAUCGGCGUCAUGAUAUUCUCUAGCCUAGCCUAUUUUGCAGAAAAAGACGAGGUGGGCACCAAUUUCACAAGCAUUCCAGAGACAUUUUGGUGGGCCAGUAUCACUAUGACAACGGUUGGCUACGGUGAUAUUUGUCCCACCACCCCUUUAGGGAAAGUUGUAGGCACGGUGUGUUGCAUCUGUGGAGUGCUUGUCAUCGCUCUGCCCAUUCCCAUCAUUGUGAACAAUUUUGCCGAAUUCUACAAGACUCAGAUGCGAAGAGAAAAAGCCUUAAAGAGACGUGAAGCGAUGGAAAAAGCCCGGCGAGACGGAAGUAUUGUCACCUUCAAGCACGUAAACCUUCGGGAUGCUUUCGCCAAGAGUAUGGAUCUCAUUGAUGUUCUUGUGGAAACUCAACAUAAUGUCAGUCAGGUAGAUGCUGGCAGCUUGGAGGAAGAUUCUGCCCAUUAUGCAACGACAGGCACUGGUUGUUAUCGCAAUCAUGAACAUGGAUUCAAAGCGCCUGUGCCCAACAAUGGCGAGAAUAAUAAAACUUUCCAAAUGGCUAGUGGAGGUGACAUAGCUCCGGGAAUUGUCAAUCCCAGUGCCAACAACAUGCUAGAUAUGCCACAAUCUACCGAAGAUCUACAAACUAUUAGGUCUCAGACGACGAUCAACGAUGAGGUGCCGACAAUCCCCAAGUUCCAUCUUUCUACUGCUAUCUUGGAUAUUCCAGAGUCACUGUUCGGAGAGAAUAGUAAAUCCCAAGGUAUAUUUGGAGAUCGUCUUAUGAACAGACAAAGGUCUGGCAAAGAAAACCAGGUGCCUGCUGGGUUGCUUCCUGUGUUUCAAAAUCAAAAAUACAAUGCUGUAUAUAAUAAUACGAACUACAAGAAAUCUUUAUUCGUUUAAUCUGAGAAUAUUACUUAGGAUCUCAUUCUGGUCCACAAACAGAUUAUGAAUAUUGUUUGUUCUUUACGCAUUUCAGCACUACCUAUGUUUGCCGUCGAAACGUAAUUUUCAAGCAAGACAACUGACAGAUAAGCUUACAAACAGUAUUUAUAAACACUAUCCAAAGGAAUUUCCUACACUGAUAAUUCAUAAACAUUUGGGGGAAAAAAGUUUUAAUGAAAUAAUUGAAAAUAUUAUAAGCAUCCAUAUUGAUAUUUUGCUGCUGGAUUUUUUUUACUUGUUUUUAAUCAUGAGCGUGUGAGUCAUCAGUGUAUCCAUCAAGAUCUUUCUGUACCAUAGGUGAUAGAAAAGCCUUAUUAUUAAAGAAAUGCUCCUCCACUAGUAUCGUAAAUUCCUAUCUGAAACUCAUGUUUGAAGAUUCUACUGAAAAGCUAUCAAAAUACUGAAAAACUAUCAAAUUGGUGUACUAAUACUGGUUUUAUGUGCUGAAUAUACUUCCGAGGGAAAAACG